UUUAAUGUCCAUUAAAAUAACUAAGAACAAUAGCCCACUUCCCUUCCAUGCUUCACUGCAACCCUAGCUCUAUUAUCUCUAUAUAGCAUAAGUUAAAGGUCCAAACCCCAAACAAUUCGCAACCAACAAGGCACAGACUCUAUCAUUUCAUUUUCAGAUACGAACACCAAACAUUAUUCCCUAGAAAAAAAUUUCUAAGAAAUGAAGAAUCGGCAUUAUCUGCCCGAGAAAUCGUGGCUCCUAGGCGUGGCCAUUGCCGGUCUAAUAAUCGGCGGGCUGAUCCUAUCCAGCUUCAUGCGCUCUGGCGACACUACCUUCCUUUGCUCCUUGGCCAGCUCCAGAGCCCGUUCUACGGCGGAGUAUGCAGCCACGCCGAUCCAGCUCCAAGCCAUCGUCCACUACGCCACUUCACGGAUCGUCCCACAGCAAUCAUUGGGUGAAAUCUCCGUUACCUUCGACGUCCUCAAGGCUCUCGCUCCUUGCAACUUCCUCGUCUUCGGUCUCGGCCACGAUUCCCUCAUGUGGAAUUCGCUGAAUCCACGUGGCACCACCAUAUUCCUCGAAGAAGACCCCAAGUGGGUGCAGACCGUCCUCAAGGACGCUCCUACACUCCAGGCUCACACCGUCCAGUACCGGACGCAGCUCCAGGAGGCAGACCAGCUUCUCUCCACCUACCGGAGCGAACCAUACUGUUCACCAAGUAAAGCAUAUAUACGCGGCAACUAUAACUGCAAGCUAGCACUGACUGGAUUACCGGACGCGGUGUACGACAAGGAAUGGGAUCUGAUCAUGAUCGACGCGCCACGAGGGUACUUUGCAGAGGCACCAGGGAGAAUGGCUGCGAUAUUUUCUGCAGCAGUGAUGGCGAGAGCAAGGAAGGGAUCCGGUGUGACGCAUGUGUUUCUGCAUGACAUAGACAGGAAGGUGGAAAAGGUUUACGCGGAGGAGUUUUUAUGCAGAAAACAUAUGGUAAAGGCUGUGGGUAGGCUAUGGCAUUUCGAAAUACCACCUGCAGCUAACACGACCAGCGCCGGCGGCGAAUGGUUUUGCUAGAAAGCUCCCCGCUGGCCGAUGACGAUGCCAUUUAAUGUAGCUGUUUAGUAAUUAUUAAAGCACAGGUGAAUUUUUAGAAAUUUGAAAGGAAGAGAUAAAGGUAGGAUCAAGGACGGCCUUUCGUUUUUCUGAGGUAGAAAGAUUUUUUUUUUUUUUGUAAAAAAAGUAGUGCUCGCCGCAGUUUGCGACUUAUAAAAAUAUGUUGGUCUGGAUUCUGGCAGUAGCCUGCGGGUUGUUGUCGUUUCCAGACAACAGUAUCCACAAUCGUAAAGGCACUCGGAGCCUUUUUAUUUAUUAUUUAUUUACUUUAUUUUCGCGUGUCUUUUCCGUUGUGGGGUAACUUUUCACCGUUGAUAUCUGGACAAGUGUCCUCCUACGUUUUAGUGUUAUAAUGAUCAUAAUAAAUAAGUGGGUCAUAUUGGUUCACAGUUCAUA